AUGGCAGCAAGAAAUAUGAGUAUGGAGACAGUCUUUGUCUUCUUGGGUUUCACAGAUCACCCGGAGCUUCAGAUCCCUCUCUUCCUCGUGUUUCUGCUCAUGUACAUUGUCACUGUGGUAGGCAAUCUCAGAAUGAUAGUAAUCAUCAAGAUUAACCCCAGAUUUCACACCCCCAUGUACUUUUUCCUUAGUCACCUUUCUUUUGUUGAUUUUUGUUAUUCUUCCAUCGUUACACCAAAACUUCUGGAGAACUUGGUCAUGGGGAACAAGAGAUAAAAGGAGAACAAGAUCUGGAGAACAAGAUCUGAUAAAGAGAUCUUCUAUGCUAGCUGCAUGUUGCAGUACUUCCUGUCCUGCACUGCAGUGGUGACUGAGUCCUUCUUGCUGGCAGUGAUGGCGUAUGACUGCUUUGUCGCCAUCUGCAAUCCUCUGCUCUACACAGUGGCCAUGUCACUGAGGCUCUGUGCCCUGCUGGUGGCUGGAUCAUAUCUCUGGGGUAUGUUUGGCCCCUUGGUACUCCUUUGCUAUGCUCUCCAACUAAACUUUUCUGGAUAUAAUGCAAUUAACCACUUCUUCUGUGAAUAUACUGCUCUCAUCGCUGUCUUUAGCUCUGAUAUAUAUAUACCCCAGCUGCUGCUCUUUGGUUUCAUCACCUUCAAUGAGGUAAGUACACUACUGAUCAUCCUUGCUUCAUAUGCUUUUAUUUUUGUGACUGCACUAAACAUUCGUUCUGCCAGUGGGCGUCAUAAAGCCUUCUCCACCUGUGCCUCCCACCUGACAGCCAUCACCAUCUUCCAUGGGACCAUUCUAUCCCUCUACUGUGUGCCCAACUCCAAAAACUCUCGGCAAACUGUCAAAGUGGCCUCUGUCUUUUACACAGUGGCCAACCCCAUGCUGACCCCUCUGAUCUACAGCCUGAGGAAUAAAAAUGUGAAGGAUACCUUCUGGAAAUUCAUAGAUGCAAAAGUCCCAUCUCAUGGAACCAACAUCAAAGGAUAUUUUCAAUCUCAAAGAGGAGCAGGAGCAGAACCUGAAACAAUUCUAAAAUGUAUAGAAAAUAUUUGCCAGAGGUUUUUAUGGAUGGCUGUGAUGUUAGCAUAUUGUGACUUGGUUAGCUCAAAUCCCUUGAUGAUGGCAAAGAAGUAA